UGUUCACUUGAGCAUAUGCAGUGUUGGCACAUCCGGAUUCCGACUCCGGAACUUCAAGUCAAGCUUCAAGCUUCAAGUUGCUACUGCUGCAGGUCGCCAUUCUUUAUGAUAUGUCUGCACUCUUCAACUUCCAAUCCCUGCUUCUGGUCAUUCUGUUGAUGAUCUGCACUUGCACAUACGUUCGCGCAGUUGCCCCACGACUGGUCGAUAGAAAUAAGGAAGGAUUCCUCGGAUUGUUCUUCAUGUCUGCGCGGAUAGGAGAACGUCUUUCCCCAUACGUUGCAUUAGCAUGCGUGGCCAUGGCAAUUACAAUGAUUGCGCAAUAAUCAAACUGGAUUAUGAUGUGUGCAAUGAUGAAGUCGACCUAUCCCCCGCCCGAUAACCGACCUGCCACCACGGAACCGUAUCCGAAACAACACGUCUGCAAUAGGUUCAAGUAAACGAAAAAUAUAAAGCAAAAGUCACAACCAAGGUGCAACCCUUUCAGCUAACAUUCUGUCGGCAUGCAUAAUUAUGCCCGUCUCAUGAGGCUUUGUCGGGGUAAAACACAGGUUCAAUCAGUGAAGCUUUCAAUCCCUUUG